CUUUGCUGUUUCUUUGGCUUGUACCCAAACCCAUCUUUGACUUCAAAAAUAUAAUAAAAAUAAUCAUAAUUGAUAUCAUCGGAUAAUGCAUAGUGGGAAGAGACCUCUUUCACCAGAAUCAAUGGCCGGAAAAAGAGAAGAGAAAAAAGAGUUGUGUUGUUGCUCAACUUUGUCGGAAUCUGAUGUGUCUGCUUUUGUCUCUGAACUCACUGAACAACCCACCCCACCAUCCAUGGAUGAUGAAUCUUCGCCGCUUACUCUUCAAGAACAAAGUAACUCGAGGCAACGAAACUACAGAGGCGUGAGGCAAAGACCAUGGGGAAAAUGGGCGGCCGAGAUUCGUGACCCGAACAAGGCAGCUCGUGUGUGGCUUGGGACGUUCGACACUGCAGAAGAAGCCGCCUUAGCGUAUGAUAAAGCUGCAUUUGAGUUUAGAGGUCAUAAGGCCAAGCUUAACUUCCCCGAGCACAUUCGUGUCAACCCUACUCAACUCUAUCCAUCAACUGCUACUUCCCAUGAUCGCAUUAUCGUGACACCACCUAGUCCACCUCCACCAAUUGCUCCUGACAUACUUCUUGAUCAAUAUGGCCUCUUUCAAUCUCGAAAUAGUGAUUCAGGUGCUAACUUAUCCAUGAAUAUGUCGUCUUCUUCGCCGUCGUCAUCUUUGAAAUAUCAAGGACAUAGACCAAAUUUGGAGGAUGGUGAAAACGUGAAGAACGUUAGUAUCCACAAACGAAGAAAAUAGCAUAAUCGCAUAAAAUGCCUCUCCGUCC